CUUGGCCGGGUUGGAUGGGCUGCAGAGCGCCUAUACAGAUCCACGCCUCGGGGUGUCAGGAUUCCAGGAUGCCCGGGCCCCUCUGUGCUCUCCUCAAGUUCCCCUCCCCCCGCCUGAGCCUCCCAGCGCCGUGGGAACUACCUCCCACUCUCCGUUGCUGGUCCGCAUCCUAGGAACGGGCUGUCACCCUCCCUACCUCGGGAGCCCAGUGGAGGCGCCCUCCCGAGGCAGUACUGCCCAUGCUGACCACCCAGCCCUCCAGCUGCCGAUGUCAUGAGUAACACCACAGUGCCCAAUGCUCCGCAGGCCAACAGCGACUCCAUGGUGGGCUAUGUGCUGGGGCCGUUCUUCCUCAUCACCCUGGUCGGGGUGGUGGUGGCCGUGGUAAUGUAUGUCCAGAAGAAAAAGCGGGUGGACCGGCUUCGCCAUCACCUGCUUCCUAUGUACAGCUACGACCCUGCUGAAGAGCUGCACGAGGCUGAGCAGGAGCUACUCUCGGACAUUGGCGAUCCCAAGGUGGUCCAUGGUUGGCAGAGUGGCUACCAGCACAAGCGGAUGCCCUUGCUGGAUGUCAAGACAUGACCUGAGCCCCUUGCCCUGAUCUUCAGAACCAUGGGGGUCCUGGAAUGUCCUGGGCCCUGCCGCCUGCUGCUUCCCCCAGCUCCUCCUCCUGGGUACUGGGCCUCCAUUCCUCCUCCCAUCUAUCCCUGGUCUUAAGCUCUGCAUAGCAGUCACCCCACUCCCUGCUAGGCCUCAGUCCUUUGUGGGCCGAGCCUACUAGCCACUCCCAGAAGCUAAUGGGAACUUUUCCUUCUGGGGUGGAUGGGUGGCUGGGAGACAGGGUGGAGCUUUGCCCUUCCACGGGCACCACCUUUCUCUAGCCCUCCCUGACUUGGCUUUGGAGCUGGUCCCAUGGUGACAGGGCCUAAUGUAUAUUAUUCAGUAUAUAUAUUUUGUAAAUAAAAUGUUUUG